AACAUCCCCUCCUUCCCAAUUCCUUUCCAUCCUCCCCCUCCUCGGAUCCUCCACAGCCUGCUCCCGGCGACGCCGCCAUGUCUUCCCAAUCUUUCGCGGCCGGUCCGGCGACCCACCACCCCCACCUCCUCCCGUACUCCUAUCACCAGGACCCUUUGCUCCACACCAAUACCCGCCGUCGCCUCCGCGACCACGACGACCCCUAUCACCCCAAUCCCGUGGCCCACGCGCACCCCUACGGAGCUGGAGCCGCCGCCGCCACCAUCGGCACCGUCCCCUACCACGUCCCCCGCGACCCGCUGGCUCUCUCGCACCUGCAAGAGCGCCUCUUUCCGCCUCCCUCUCAACCUCACCCGGCCACCGGCCCACCCCCACCGAAGCGGGCUCGCCGAGCGCCGGAUCCUCGGUGGGAUCCGCCUCCGCCGCCGCCAACGCCGCAGCCGGCAUCUGUUCCGGCGGCGUCCGAGAGGCCUCGGGAGGGCGGCACUGCCGCUCGGGCGUUGCUGUCGCGAGACGAGAUCGAGCGACGGUCUCCGUCGCGCAGAGAUGGGAUCGAUUCCGCGCUCGAGGCCAGACUGCGCGUCUCCUAUUGCGCUUAUCUGCGUUGCCUUGGCAUCCGUCUCGGGCUGCCACAGACAACAAUCGCGACGGCCGUGGUCUUUUGCCACCGGUUCUUCUUCCACAGAUCUCACGCCUGCCAUGAUAGAUUUUUGGUUGCGACUGCAGCCUUGUUUCUGGCAGCAAAGUCAGAAGAAACAGCAUGCCUUUUGAAUACCGUUCUUAGGGCUUCAUGCGAGGUUUCUCAGAAUCAUGAAUUCAACCUCCUUCCUUAUAUGCUACGUGGUCAGGACUGGUUUGAACAGUAUAGAGAGAGUGUAAUACAGGCAGAGCAAAUGUUACUGACAACACUUGAUUUUGAACUUGAAGUAGUCCAUCCAUAUGCUUCUCUUUCUUCUGCUUUGAGCAAACUAGGGCUCUCCCAUACUGUUCUAUUUAAUGUGGCUUGGAAUCUGAUCAAUGAAGGGCUACAAAGUUCACUAUGGCUUCAGUUCAAACCUCAUCAUAUUGCUGCUGGAGCUGCAUUCCUUGCUGCAAAGUUUCUCCGUUAUGACAUUAUGCCCCACCCAAAUUUCUGGCAUGAGUUCAAGACAACUCCAUACAUUGUUCAAGAUGUUGUCCAGCAAUUGAAGGAGCUACUUUAGGAUAUGAUAUUCAAUAUGUUUGCCAUGUACAAUAGAUCCAUUUACUUAGUUUGUGGUGACCACUGCCAAAAAUAUGUACACAUUGGUAUAUGGUCACUUUCUUCAGUUACUGAUAUGUGUUGGUAUUUUGAGAUUAUACCCAUUCGUUUUCAUUUAGGUUUUUACAGCCAGUGUUGCUGUGUACAAAAAAGGGAAGAUGUUCAAAGUUGUCCUUGAUAUUUUGUGGAAAGUAAAAGAUCUUUAUUAGAAUAUAGUCGUGGAAGUUUCAGUUUGGUUCCUUAGAAA